AUGGCCCUUUGGCCCUUUCGGCGCAAGAUAGAAGAAGGAUACGGCUGGGAUCAGGCCCCUACCCUCUACGGAAAUCGCGGCUCCGUCCGUAUCCCACGAAGAAAGAGCAGCAGACAGAAGCAGCCUGGUCAUGACCGCGAGGCCGAAAUCCGAGCGAUGGCCAGCUCAAUGUCUCUUCGAAGAGCGAGGGAUACGCCAACACCGCCCAUGCGCCUCAGUAGCAAGCGGAUCAAGGCUGGUAUUGGGUUUAGCCAACAUUGGGACGGGCCUUCAACGGAAGGCUCCCUGCCCGGCACGGCAUCGAUACGCUCUGAGAUGUCUACAGAUUCGGAACACGGCGCGUACCGUCUUAAAACUUUGGAGGCAUUAGCGCCUCGCCCUAUUCUUCGCUACGAAGCCAACCCCGCUGGCGACCUUCGAACAGCUACGGCCCCUCCCGCCCACAAACGGGUUGAUUCGCUUGCGGAUGGUCUUGACGCAAGUGACAUUCGUGAACUUAUGGAAAGGGACAAGCGGCGGCGCGAGCGAAAGAGAUUGACAGAGCAGGCUCGAGUCGAAAAGAGGCUGGCACGACUCGCAGAGAAGCACCUUGCCGCUCAAAUCUCGGCUGCCAAGGAUGGAGCCCCCCUCCUCAGAAUCUCGAACGAGGCGUCGUGGAAUAUCCCCGCAGAUUGGUACAAGGUCACCGGUGAACGAUUUCCACCGAACCAACAGUAUACCUCUCGAGGCAAUGACUCCCACGUAGAGGAGGAGAAUCCGCCUAAAGAUAUCCAGUCUCCGCCUUCGAUGUCUUCGCACUCCGGGGCGUCUGCGAAGAAGGUUUCCAAAGCCUCCGACUCGACGGCCAAGCCCUUGUCUGAUGCAGCUCGAUCGAGGUCUACCAUCUCUCCGCCACCAGCAACAGUUGAAGAGAUUGAGAACGCGCGCAACUCUGGCGGGAUGCAAAAAGUCAGGCUGUCCUUUACAUCUUUAUUCAAAUGGGCGAGCAAAAAUAACCGCCGCGGCUCUGGUCCCUCGUCCUUUUCCAACGCAUCUCGGGAAGAAAUGCAAGCCGCAAUUCGAAAUAGGUCGCCCGUCCCGCCCGAGGAGUCCCCAGCGGUGGCGGUGGGCGUGGCCGUUGGGGCAAUACAAUACCUCCCCGAGCCCCACACGAUGUCCCUGGCCUCGGUUGACUCAGAGGGGUCAUGGCUGUCGGGGCGCCUGGCGGGUGCUGGAAUGGGUUCAAGAAGGCCGGCGCGCCGUGAUCGCGCCGACUCUCAAGCCACAAAUACGAGCGUAGAAGAGGAGCAUGGGAUUGCCGAGGACGAAUACUUCUCCCGGUUAACCCCUGCUCGGUUGAUGCGCACCACUUCUAACCCCAGGCUCCGGAAGUCGACUGGAGAAGCUCUUCCAAGCAGUGACGAGGAUGAGCCGAUCAUAGAAGGCGACAUGAAAUGGGGUUCUGUGCAGGCCCGCCAACACCCAACCCUUGUCCAUGCUACGGACCGCCUCCUAGAAGAAGAUCUCAAGAGUCAUGACGGAGUAAUGAAUUCGGGCGACGAGGAACACGACAGCGAAUCCGACGAUAUCGUGGAUACAGAAAAUCUCGGAGGGCUUCAGAGGGCCACGAGUAUCAACCUAGGAAAGAUGGCGCCCAGCGUAUCAGCGCUGGAAGUGCCAAGCUUCUCGAAAUCUCCCCGCGAGUCCGCAGAUAGUCGCCAGCGGAGCAGUGCGGUAUUCCUGUGA